CACAGCGCAUGUGCGGCGUGGGGCCGACAGGCCGGCGGAGGUGCUGGGUGCCAGUGAGCCGCGGGGAGCCGCGCGCCUGCCGCCCGCGCCUGUCCGUGCGCCCGCCCCCGGGUCUCCGCCCGCCCAGCGCGCCAAGCGCAGAGCAUCCUCCCAGACGCGCACCUGCCGUCCGCGCCUGCCCGCCGCCUGCUCGGCGCUUGGGGCUCCGCUGGCGCCCAGCCGCACCCAACCGGCGCGGGGGGCCCGGCCUGGCCCGACCCGGCCCCGGCCCGGCCCUGGCCCUGCCUCCGCGUUCACCCCGCGCCGCAGCCAGGCCCGGGCGCAGCGCUGCGGAGAGUGAGGGCCGCCUGGAGGCCGGCCGGGGCUGGCGCGGCGAUGAUGCACAGGUUCCGAAAGUGGCUGUACAAACCCAAGCGGUCAGACCCACAGCUGCUGGCCCAGUUCUACUAUGCUGACGAGGAGCUGAACCAGGUGGCUGCUGAGCUGGACAGCCUGGAUGGGCGGAAGGACCCCCAGCGGUGCACACUGCUGGUCAGCCAGUUCCGCUCCUGCCAGGAUAAUGUGUUAAACAUCAUCAACCAGAUCAUGGACGAGUGCAUUCCGCAGGACCGCGCCCCCCGGGAUUUCUGUGUCAAGUUCCCCGAGGAGAUCCGGCACGACAACCUGGCGGGCCAGCUGUGGUUCGGGGCUGAGUGCCUGGCUGCUGGCUCCAUCAUCAUGAACCGGGAGCUUGAGAGCAUGGCUAUGCGGCCGCUGGCCAAGGAGCUGACCCGCAGCUUAGAGGACGUCCGGGGCACCCUCCGUGACCAGGCGCUUCGGGACCUCAGCACCUACACAGAGAAGAUGCGAGAAGCAUUGAGGCACUUUGAUGUCCUGUUUGCGGAGUUUGAGCUGAGCUAUGUCUCAGCCAUGGUGCCCGUGAAGUCCCCUAGGGAGUACUAUGUGCAGCAGGAGGUCAUCGUGCUCUUCUGUGAGACCGUGGAGAGGGCCCUGGACUUUGGGUACCUGACCCAGGACAUGAUUGAUGACUACGAGCCAGCCCUCAUGUUCACCAUCCCUCGGCUGGCCAUCGUGUGUGGCCUCGUGGUUUAUGCAGAUGGACCCCUGAAUCUGGAUCGCAAGGUGGAGGACAUGUCGGAGCUGUUCCGUCCCUUUCACUCGUUGCUACGGAAAAUAAGGGAUUUGCUGCAGGCGCUGACAGAGGAGGAGCUGCACACGUUGGAGCGGAGCCUCUGCGUCUGCCAGGACGUGGAGCUCCCCAUCCGGGCAGACGCCCAGCCGCCCACUGCCCUGGCACCCGCCUUUCCCGCGUCUCUUCCCCCCGAGGAAUCCCUCUCAGCCAAGGCCACGGACCCAGAGGCGGAGCUGGCCUGCUCCAUGCAGUACGACGACCAGGAGCUGGAGGAGCUCAGCCGCAUGGUCCACCGGGCCGGGGACGAGAUGUCGUCUCUGCUGUCACCACCCAGCACCUGCCAGUCCCCUGCACACAGGCCGGGGGUGGAGGGCAGCCCCCGAGGGGAGGCCUCUCCAGGCCGGGCACGGCUCAAGUCGGCCAGCGAUGAGGAGGAGCGGGUGUUCUUCAUGGACGAUGUGGACGUGGCCGAGGCCCCCGCCAGGCCAGAGUCGCCAGGUGGCCCGUUUGGGUGGGUGGGUGGUGCUGGGACAGGCCCCCAGGAGAGAGAGCAGGGUGGGCAGAGCGUGGAGGAGGGCAUGGGCGAGCUUGCUGUGGUGAAGGAGGAGGACUGGAGCAAUAACAACCAGGAGGACCCAUGGCGGCCAGCCGCCCUGCCAGGCUCUACCUCCUGCAGCUGCCUGGACUCGCAGCGGUACCUGGAUGGCUGGGAUGCCAGUGCAGAAGAUGCUGAGACGGCCGAGAUGAUCGCCUGCCGGACAGGGGGCAUGAAGCUCUCGGCCACUGUCAUCUUCAACCCCAAGUCACCCUCCUCCCUGGACUCUGCAGUGGCUGCCCAGGAAGUUUCAGGCCAUGGCCUUUCCUCACUGGAGUCAGAGGCCCAGGGGGCCGGGGACAGCUCCCACAAACUCAGUGCUGCGGCCACCAACUGCCUCCUCCAUUCCUGCGUGUGCUGUGGGACCUGCGGGGACGGCCGGGAGGACGCAGUGGAGCACCUGCGGGAGAAGUGUAGCCCAGGAAGUGUCAUCAGCGCCUCCUACCCUGCCACAGGCCUAGCCAAGGCCAGUGACAAGGGCCCUGAGAGACUGGACGGGGCCCUGCCUGCCCCUGAAGCCACUCUGCUCACAGAAGAUGCCUCUGACAGGCAGGAGGCCAAAGCCUCUGCUUCCAGCAAGUGCCUGGCGCACACCUCAGGUCCCCAGGAGGACUCGCCAAGCAGGCUGCCCACAGAGGGCGAGGAGGCAGGCCAGCAGGAGACUGAGACCAGAGAGCAGGAUCCCUGGAAGCCCUCUGUGCCCGGGAGGGAGAGUCCACCUGCAGAUGGGACCCAAGUGCAACCCCAGUACCCUCCAGGCUCCAGCUGUCCUCCAGCUGGAUCCUCCUCCUCAGACAAGACCCAGCUGGAGGCGGCCCCUGCGGCCUCACCUGUCACCCCCGUGGCCACAAGAGAGAAGAUCCGAUCCAGGUUCCACGGCAGCCAUGACCUGAUUCACCGUCUGUUUGUCUGCAUCUCAGGUGUGGCAGAUCAACUGCAGACCAACUAUGCGAGCGACCUGAGAAGUAUUCUCAAAACUCUGUUCGAGGUCAUGGCCACCAAGCCAGAAACAGAUGACAAGGAGAAGCUAAAGAAGGUUACCCAGACCCUGCGGAGUGCGGCCUUAGAGGACUGUGCGUUGUGUCAGGAGACACUGUCGUCCUCAGAACUUGCAGCCAAGACCCGCGACGGGGACUUUGAAGAUCUUCUGUUCCCGCUGCUCUUCGCACUCGGCACCGCUGCCCCGCUAUGGGCAGGUGAAGCCUGUCCGCGUGUGCACACACUGCUACAUGUUCCACGUCACACCCUUCUACAGCGACAAGGCAGGCAUGUGACACAGCACCCAGGCACUCCCCAACCCACCAGGGCCAGGGACUCCCAGGAAGGAGGCGCUGCGCCUGACCCUGGUCCUGUCCAGGCUGCACUGCAGGAGGUCUCCCGCAUCUCAUCAAGACGCUGCUGCUGCUGCAGACCCAUCCAGGUUUCCAGAAUGUCCAGAGCCUCUGUCCCACCCACCCUGGCCUCCUUACCUGCAGGGACCCCAGGUCAGGAACAGAACCUGAAAGGAGGUCAGCUUCACCCAGCAAGGGGAUCCAGGGACCUAGGGGCUGCCUUUGGGGCAAGGUGGCUGCUGGGCAGGGCUAGGAUUUCUUGCCAGUCCAUUGGAGUUCCUUCUCCAGCUGGACCUACCAGGCAGGAGAGUGGCCACUGCGAGGCCUUGUCUGCAGCAGAGAAUCUGGAAGCAGGAAUAAAGGGGUUCUGUGGGCCCCAGUAUCUUGGCAGGGCUUCUCGUGUCUUACUUCCCACCUCCUCCCUAGCACCCACUGCCCUCCUCAGGACCAUGCUAAACAACAUGCAUCUCAUUUCUUCUGGGAGGGGGAAUGCAGGAGGAAGACGUGUCCUGACACCUGCACGUUAUCCACUGCCAAUGGAGUGGGGGCUGGCUGGGCACUGAUACCCACAGGCAGAGGUUUGGUGGGUUUUGGGACCUUGGCUCACCAGACAGCCCAAGGCCACCAAGGGCUGCCCACUAAGCCAACAGUGCCCCCUUCCCUCUGCACCCUCUGGGACCCUGGUCCACUUCCACAGACCCCAGAGUAGCUGGGACCCAUGCUGAUAGAGCCAAGUGGCCCCAGCGUGGACUCCUCCUCAGGCUUCAAUCUCAGGCUUCAUAUUGCAAUGACGAUUGCAGUUUUAUUUUUGGAGAGAUGACACACCUAUAGCUUCUUUUAUAGGAUGAAAUCCAAUUACUGUUGAGCAGUGGAAUACUCAUGCACAGAAAAGGCUUCUGUGGGGAAGAAUAUAUAAUGGAGGAAAUAUUAUGUAUUGAGAUUAUUUUUAUUUUCUAAAUGCUGUAAUUCGAAACCAUUUCCAUAAAUCUAUUUAAGGAUUGCAGACGCUGUCCCAUCUUC